GUUUUUUUUAUAUUUUUUUACACAUUUGGGGGCGUCGGUGAUCACUAACUGUUGGAUUUCACGGUUCUAAAUGUGCUUACCUUUUCCAACUUUUUUGUUUUUCUUUCCUUUCCUCAUCUUCUCUCCAUCUCAAGAGUAAAGGAAAUACAGUGCUUCUAUUGACUGAGUAAAUCCUCUGUUUGGCCCUUUCGUUCAAACCUAAUAGCUGAAUUUGAUAGUUUAGAAAUACCAUAAAGAAAGUUUUAGAGAAUGGCAUUCUUUGUUCGUCCUUCAAAAUACCGUCAUGUUUAUGGUAGCUUAGCCAAGAGGGAGAACUGUUAUGACAAUGUUCACGUCAGUUCAAAUGCUUGGGACACAAAUAUGGUGAAGGCCAAUCCUCUCUUCAUUUCUGUCAAUUGGCAAGCUUCUGGAGGUGGUACAUUUGCCGUUAUUCCUCAUAAGCAAGUCGGAAAGUUACCCGACAAUUACCCACUUUACCGUGGACACACAGGCCCUGUGCUUGAUACCGACUUCAACCCCUUUAAUGAUUACGUGAUUGCUUCUGGCUCAGAAGAUAGCAGAAUUAUGAUUUGGAAUAUACCCGAAGAAUAUGCUGAAGAGCAAGAGGAUAUUUCCCCUGUAUUAAAACUUUCUGGACAUGGCCGUAAAGUGGGUCAUGUUCUUUUCCACCCCGUUGCAGAAAACGUGUUGGCGUCUUCCAGUACUGACCUCACCAUCAAACUAUGGGAUAUUGAGAAAGGCGUAGAAAAGCAAGAAAUGACGGGUCAUACAGAAAUCAUUCAGUCCAUGGCUUGGAACUAUAAUGGCUCGUUGAUGGCUACUACUUGUAGAGAUAAAAAGCUUCGCGUGUUUGAUGUUCGUUCCAACCAAAUUGUUCAAGAAGGACCCGGGCACCAAGGUAUUAAGGGUUCUCGUGUUGUUUGGUUAGGUGACUGUGAUCGUUUGGCCACGACGGGUUUCUCCCGUAUGAGUGAUCGUCAGCUGAACUUGUGGGAUUCCACAAAUUUGGCCAAGCCUCUCAAAUCAGAAUAUAUAGAUACCUCUUCUGGUGUUCUCAUGCCCUUCUACGAUACUGACACUAAAAUGCUCUAUGUUGCAGGAAAAGGUGACGGCAACAUCCGUUAUUUUGAAUAUGCUGACGAUAAACUACACUUCCUUUCCGAAUACAAGGCUACUGAUCCUCAAAGAGGUAUGGGUUUCUUACCAAAGCGCGGCGUGAACGUGAGUGAAUGUGAAGUAGCAAGAGCUUACAAGGUGGGAGCCACUAUGAUCGAACCUAUCUCUUUUAUUGUUCCCAGAAAGUCCGAUGCUUUCCAACAUGAUAUCUUCCCUCCAUGUUCAGGCGAUGAGCCUGCACUUUCAGCUGAUGAGUGGUUUGGCGGAAAGGAUGCCAACCCCAAACUCAUCAGUUUGGAGUCCGGCUUUGUAGCCAAAACUAAAAAAGAAUUUAAGCCAACUGCGACACCCGUGGAGGAUGUCAAUCCUUCUAAGUCUACCUCCACGACUGGUUCUGCUGCCUCCAGUGAGAAGAGUUCUGAGACACAGUUGAAGGAAGUUUUGAAGGAAAACGAGGAUUUAAAGAGUCAAAUCACAGAGAAAAACACAAAGAUUCAUGUUCUUGAAAUGGAGCUUGAUAAACUUCGUACUCAACUGGCCGAAAUGACAUUAGCUCAGAAGCAGGAAAAAGCAAAGGCUGAAAAGCUGGAAGAGAUCCCACAUUCUACAAACUCCUUAGAUGAAGCAGAGUAGACAACAAAAAAAAAAAAAAAAAGCCUUACAAAACGCGCACUAUUAUAACUUAUCCCGUAUCGCUUACUUUUCUGGUCGUUUUCUUCCAUUAUCACAUUCUGCCUUUACUCGAAAAGUAAAUCCCUUCCCUUUUACCUGUUAUUAUUUACACAAUAGUUAUAAUCUAUCUAAUGAGGCUUUACGUUGAAAGCAGAUAAAAGCCUAUUAUACAAAACACAGUCUACUAAGCAAGUUAUAGUUUUAUUGCAAACAUGCUAUAGUCAUUUUAUCUGUUUUGUAUGUCUAUUCGCGAUCCAUCAUGCGCUGAUGGUGUGAUCGUAAUCAAUAGUUGGAAUGACAGAACUCAUGAAUUUUAAAAAGAUAAUCAAGUAUCUGUAAGAAUGGAAAGAGAGGAA